CACCAUUUCACAACAGCAUUCUACGAUGAAUCGUGACCACAGUCCGAAGCGACGGAAGCUUAACAAUGGUGUCAAAACCGCACACGACGAGCCCAAUGAGGACCUUGCCCCUUCACUGAACCUCCAGUCAUCCUCCAAACCCCGAUUUCCUAGACAUGGCGGAAGAGAACAGAGCCGGACCACUAGAGCGCAGCCUCAUCAGAAGGAAUUCGAUGGACCGGAGCCUUCUUAUGGAAAUGCAGAUACCACUGCAAUGGACCGGGACUGGUAUGCUGGGGACGAGUUUGGCCACACCUUUGGCGACGAGAGCCACAAUCCUUUCGGCGGCGCCGACCUUUCUUGGGCAGACAAUCAGCGCGAAAAAAUACUUGCAGACAAGAAGCUUGGAAAGCGAUUGACAGCUAAGGCCGCUCAAAAACAGAAGGAAGUCGAUGCAUGGGAAGCCAAUCGUAUGUUGACCUCGGGUGUCGCUCAGAGAAGAGACCAAGGCCCCGACUUCGACGAUGACGACGGUGUUCGAGUCCACUUGCUCGUCCAUGAUUUGAAACCACCGUUCCUCGACGGCAAAACCAUCUUUACAAAGCAACUAGAGCCAGUGCCUGCCGUUCGCGACUCUCAAAGUGAUAUGGCAGUUUUCAGCCGGAAAGGAAGCAAGGUUGUUAGAGAGAAACGACAACAGAAAGAGCGACAGAAGCAAGCACAGGAGGCCACCAACGUCGCUGGUACCGCCCUGGGGAAUAUCAUGGGUAUCAAGGAAGAAGAGGGCGACAGCGCCGCCGCAGUCCCGGGCGAAGAAAACACGGGCAAGAGCAAAUUUGCAGUCCACAUGAAGAAGAAUGCCGGGAGCUCAUCCUUCAGCAAAAGCAAGACCUUGAAAGAGCAACGAGAAUAUCUGCCCGCUUUUGCCGUGAGGGAAGAGUUGAUGCGUGUGAUCCGCGACAACCAGGUCAUUAUUGUCGUCGGCCAGACUGGAUCUGGCAAAACCACUCAACUCACUCAGUUUCUCUACGAGGAAGGCUAUGGCCGGCAAGGACUGAUUGGCUGUACCCAGCCACGAAGAGUCGCUGCUAUGAGUGUGGCCAAGCGAGUUAGUGAAGAGAUGGAUGUAGAACUGGGUGGCCUUGUCGGGUACGCCAUCAGAUUCGAAGACUGCACCAGCGACGAGACUGUCAUCAAGUACAUGACAGACGGGGUUCUAUUGAGAGAAUCGCUAAACCAACGAGACCUGGACAAGUACUCGUGCAUCAUCAUGGACGAAGCCCACGAACGUGCUCUCAAUACUGAUGUUCUGAUGGGACUGAUCAAGAAAGUCAUUGCUCGACGGAGAGACCUGAAGUUGAUUGUCACUUCGGCAACCAUGAACUCAGAGCGCUUCUCUCGUUUCUACGGAGGGGCGCCGGAGUUCAUCAUCCCUGGGCGUACCUUUCCUGUCGACAUACAGUAUUCGCGUUCACCAUGUGAAGACUAUGUUGAUAGUGCAGUCAAACAAGUCUUGGCCAUCCAUGUCUCUCAUGGUGCUGGAGAUAUUCUGGUCUUUAUGACCGGCCAGGAAGACAUUGAGGUGACUUGUGAGUUGAUUGAAGAACGGCUUCGCUUACUCGUCAAUCCACCAAAGUUGCUGGUACUUCCUAUUUACUCGCAGAUGCCGGCAGAUCUGCAAGCCAAAAUCUUCGAUCCAGCCCCGCCUGGCGUUCGCAAAGUCAUUGUGGCCACCAAUAUUGCCGAGACAUCUCUGACGGUUGACGGUAUUAUGUAUGUGGUGGAUGCUGGAUAUUCGAAGCUUAAAGUGUACAAUCCUAAAAUGGGUAUGGACACUCUGCAGAUCACGCCGGUGUCACAAGCAAACGCAUCACAACGCGCCGGUCGAGCUGGCCGAACAGGGCCGGGCAAAGCUUUUCAUUUGUAUACCGAAGCCGCGUUCAAGAACGAACUUUAUAUUCAGACCAUUCCGGAGAUCCAAAGGACCAAUCUGGCAAAUACAGUCCUUCUUCUUAAAUCCCUUGGCGUCAAGGACCUUUUGGAUUUCGAUUUCAUGGACCCUCCUCCACAAGAUACGAUUACUACCUCACUUUUUGAUUUGUGGGCAUUGGGCGCCCUUGACCAUGUUGGUGAGCUGACGUCCAUUGGUCGACUAAUGACAGCUUUUCCCAUGGAUCCAUCGUUGGCCAAGAUGUUGAUCACCUCUUCCACCGACUACGAUUGCAGUGAAGAGAUGCUUACGAUCGUCAGUAUGCUGUCCGUACCCUCGGUCUUCUAUCGUCCCAAGGAAAGGCAAGAAGAAUCUGACGCAGCUCGAGAAAAGUUCUUUGUGCAUGAGUCUGAUCAUUUGACCUUGCUGCACGUGUACAGCCAAUGGAAAGCAAAUGGACACAGUGAUGCAUGGUGUGUCCGACACUUUUUGCAUCCAAAGGCUCUACGCCGUGCCAAGGAGAUUCGUGAACAGCUGUCCGAUAUUCUUGGACAGCAGAAGAUGCAACUGGUUUCUUGCGGCACUGAUUGGGAUGUGAUACGAAAGUGCAUUUGCUCAGGCUAUUAUCACCAAGCCGCUCGCCGCCGAGGGGUGGGUGAGUAUAUCAACCUCCGAACCAGCGUCACUGUUCAAUUACAUCCCACAUCUGCUCUGUAUGGCUUGGGCGAUCCACCUGAUUAUGUGAUCUAUCACGAGCUUAUCCUGACCAGCAAAGAGUACAUGAGCUCAGUGACAGCGGUGGAUCCUCAUUGGCUUGCAGAUCUGGGUGGGGUCUUUUACAGUCUCAAGUCCAAGGAGUACAGCAGCAAAGACAAGCGAAUGAUUGAAAGCGAGUUCAAUCGCAAGAUGGAGAUUGAAACGCAGAUGGCAGAGGAUCGUGCGCGAGAGGAGAAAAGACUGGCAGAGGAAGCAGUAAAGGAAAGGCUGUUGGCAGGAAGACCCAAGUCCAGCUCAGUCACCAUCAAGAAGAGCGGCAGUAAUGGAGUUGUCAAGAAGCCGACGAUUCAACGGAGAAGGAUGGGUUUCUAGUGCCUCGUGACCCUCAGCCGGGAUGGAACACACCUAAUGCUCCUAUAACCAUCUUUUCAAUGGUCUUUUCCAAACGAAUCUUGCCUAUGAUCUUCCCAAAAAGAAAGACUCGGUUUGAUCUCUUGUACAGGUAGUCA